AUGGAGACCCCACGAGGCCGCAAGAUCCCCAAGGAACCCAUCGAAGGCCCCUUCACGCUAUUCCUCUGGGGAGACGAGAAGUUCAGGCGACGAAAAUCCAUCCUAAAAGCCUUCUCAGCCAACCCAAUCUUCUCAAAGUCAUCCGUGGUCACUCCUUCGCUGGCAAGAAAGGAUGCCUGGACACAAGCGUCUCUCAAGGCCCGCGAGCUCAUCCGUCUCAAGCUCACCGAGAACUGGUCCCAUGCCCAAUUCAUGGAAGCGAUCCGUCUGACCGACAACAUGCUACCCGUCCAACCUCAAUUCCGAAUCUUCCUUUCGAACCUGGAACGACAGAUGAGCGAUGAGCAGAAAGCUAUCUGGGUUCCCAAGGCAGAACGGUUCGAGAUCUUUGGCUCGUAUGCACAGACUGAACUCGGUCAUGGAUCGAAUGUGCGUGGGUUGGAAACUACUGCUACGUUCGACAAGGAGAAGGAUGAGUUCGUCAUCAACUCGCCCACGCUGAGUAGCACGAAGUACUGGAUCGGCACGACAGGUGUGUGGGCAACCCACAGCAUUGUCGUGGCUCGCUUGAUCGUCGAUGGCAAGGAGUACGGCAACCACCUCUUCCUGACACAGAUACGGGAGCUCGAUACGCAACGCUUGAUGCCUGGAGUGGAGAUCUACGAGCUGGGUCCCAAAGCUUUCCAGGGCAUGCUCGGGACAGACAACGGAGCAAUGCAGUUCCACGAUGUGCGGAUACCUCGAUCGCAGAUGCUGGCGAGAAACGCUCAGGUACUCCGAGACGGCACGUAUAUUAAGCCGAAGAACGAGAAGCACAGCUAUGGCUCGAUGGUAACAGUGAGAGCGAUCAUGGCCGAGAGCACUGGAUGGGAUCUGCUGAAGCCCGUUGCUGUUGCUUACCACUACACUACUUUCCGCAAGCAGUUCCGGAAGACAAACAGCCAGCCUGAGGAAACCACGGUCAUCGACUACGCAAGCGUAAGACAUCGUCUGAUACCGUUAUUGGCUCAAGCAACCGCUCUGGUGCUUGUCGGCCAGAACAUCAAACGAGCGUACGAUGCCUACACUGCAAAUUUCCUCAAGACGGGCGACUUCUCUCAGCUCGAAGACUUCCAUCUCCAGACUGUUGGAGCCAAGGUGUACAGUACGGAGAUUGCUGGCCACGGUGUAGAGACUUGCCGGAUCGCCUGCGGUGGCCACGGCUACCACGCCCUGAGCGGCUUCGGCAGAAUGUACGCCAAUGCUAUCAAUGCCGUUACCUACGAAGGCGACAACUACGUCGUCGGCCAACAAGUCCCGCGAGCGAUCUUGAAGCACUGGCGAGACGGGACCGAAGCUUCUCUCCCAACAUUGUCGUACUUGAGCAAGAUGCGAGAUCGAAGCAAGGUGUCGGCGCCCAGAAUCGAGAGUGAGCAGGACUGGUUCAGACCCGAAGUUCAACGCUGGGCACUCGAGGAGCGGCUGGUCAACCUAGUCCAGCAGCAUUUCGAGGACACCGAUGCCGGCCGGGACACAAGCUAUUCAUGCCACGCACUUACUAUGGCACACGGCGACUUUGUAUACUGGAGAGGGUUCGAAGAGCUACUCUCAGACCUCGACGGCGAGAAACCUGCUUUCCUCGAACCGGUCAAAGCACUAUUCCACGCCUUCGCUCUCUCGAUCCUGCAGGACCCGCAUCACGCCAGCUUGGCCAACGCACUGCCUUUGACACAAGCUCAGCACCGAACAGUGAGACUGGCAAAGGCCUCUGUGGUGGAUGAGAUCGCCACGAAGCACAUCGACGGCAUCAUCGAGGCGUACGGGUUCACGGAAUUCGAGCUGGACAGUGCGCUGGCUCGUCCUGACAAGAACCCGUACGAGGCGCUGUUCGAGGAGGGAGCGGUCCGUAGUGAGAUGAGCGGAAAUGGAAUGUCGCAUUUGUGGCCGAUGAUGGUGGAUACCAGGAACAUGUGGCGGAGGAUUGAGGAGGAGAAGGCUGGUAAGGCAAAGUUGUAG